CAGCUCCUCCCACCUGCACAUAAAAGCCAAGUGCAUGCUACCAGCAGCAGAUCAGAGCACUUUCUCAGUCCUCCACUGUUUUGAGCCAGUGAUCUUCUCUCCUUGGAUCUUGUGUACUCAAGAAAAGUAAAUGCAGAUUGUCAGAAUCCUUCAGAUUUCAUAUUCAGCACUGUUAUGAUCUCUUCAUUACUGGAUGUGGAGUCUGGAUAUCAGAAGUAUAGUGAAGUACUCUCCUAUUAAACUAAGGACCAACCUAAAAUCUACAAAAUAACACCAGGCCUAACGAUCAGGAAAUCUGUGUCUCUUAGAGUGCAAAGCAACCAACCUGUCCAUCUUCUGCCUUGUCCCAAAACCUCAAUGUGAUGGUCAUGCUGCUCUUCCCUGUGCAGCUGCUGGCAGUGGCUGUCACUGUUUACCUAGAGCUGGUGAGGUCUGCUCAAGGUGGUGCCUACUAUGGGAUCAAGCAGCUGCCACCUCAGGUGCCCCAGUACCAACCCCUCGGACAACAAGUACCUCACAUGCCGCUGGGCAAAGAAGGCAUCCCGAUGCAGCACCUGGGCAAGGAGGUGCCCCACAUGCCCUAUGGGAAGGAGUACCCCCAUCUGCCCCAGUACAGGAAGGAGGUCCCACAGAUGCCCAUGCUCGGCAAGGAUAUGGCUCCCAAGAAAGAGAAAGAAAUUCCCAUGCGCAGUCUGAGGGGUGAGCAAGGCCCCCCGGGUGAGCCUGGACCACGAGGGCCACCGGGGCCACCAGGAUUACCAGGUCAUGGUGUACCGGGAGCCAAAGGAAAACCAGGCCCACAAGGAUACCCAGGAAUUGGAAAGCCGGGUUUGCCAGGGAUGCCAGGAAAGCCAGGGGUCAUGGGGCCCCCAGGGCCAAGAGGGGAGAUGGGGCCGAAGGGGGAGAUUGGGCCCAUGGGGAUACCCGGACCGCAAGGACCACCAGGGCCUCAUGGGCUUCCUGGCAUAGGGAAAGCAGGCGCUCCGGGGCUGCAGGGGCAACCAGGGCCAAAGGGUGAGCCUGGGAUGAAGGGGCCACCAGGAAUCCCUGGGAUCCCAGGGCCGAAGGGGGAGAAGGGGGUCGGGAUCCCGGGUUUGCCGGGUCUGAAGGGUCCACCUGGGCUGCCUGGUCCCCCCGGCCCCGUGGGGCUGCCAGGGGUGGGCAAACCGGGCAUGGUUGGCUUCCCCGGCCCACAGGGACCCCUGGGCAAACCCGGACCCCCAGGAGAAUUAGGGCUGCAGGGGCCUCCAGGGGCCCCCGGAAUCCAAGGUCCUCCUGGCCCGCCUGGCAUCGGCAAACCCGGCCAGGACGGCAUGCCUGGCCAGCCCGGCUUCCCGGGCGGCAAAGGGGAGCAGGGAUUGCCAGGCCUGCCGGGGCCCCCCGGCCUCCCCGGGGUUGGCAAGCCGGGCUUCCCCGGGCCCAAAGGGGAGCGAGGUGUGGGUGGUCUGCCUGGCCCCCUGGGGCCGAAGGGGGAGAAGGGGCACGCGGGGCCACCCGGCAUGGGAGGGCCACCGGGGGAGCCCGGCCAGCCAGGCCUGCCGGGCAUCAUGGGCCCGCCGGGGGCCGCCGGCUUCCCAGGCCCUAAAGGGGAGGGGGGUGCCGUAGGGCCACCAGGACCAGUCGGCCCCAAGGGAGAACCUGGCCUGCAGGGUUUUCCAGGCAAGCCGGGCUUUCCUGGGGAAGUGGGUGGCCCUGGGCUGCGGGGGCUGCCGGGCCCCACAGGACCCAAGGGGGAAGCCGGACACAAAGGCUUGCCGGGGCUGCCCGGGGUCCCGGGGCUUGUGGGGCCAAAGGGUGAGCCCGGGCUCCCCGGGGCCCAGGGGCUUCAGGGCCCCUCAGGCAUCCCGGGCAUCGCGGGCCCCAGUGGUCCCAUCGGGCCCCCGGGGCUGCCAGGGGCGAAGGGCGAGCCGGGCAUGCCCGGCCCCCCCGGCUUCCCUGGGGUAGGCAAACCCGGUGCUGCGGGGCUGCAGGGACCCCCGGGGAAGCCGGGGGCGCUCGGCCCUCCCGGCCAGCCGGGGCUCCAGGGGCCCCCGGGCCCCCCCGGGCCCCCAGGUCCGCCGGUCAUCAUCCCGCCCACCCCACCCGCCGUGGGACAGUACCUGCCCGAGGUGGGGCCAGGCAUAGACGGCGUGAAGCCUCCCUACGGCUACAAGGGCAAGAAAGGCAAGGCUGGCGGCAUCGUGUACGAGAUGCCCGCGUUCACGGCAGAGCUCCUCACGCCCUUUCCCCGCGUCGGGGUGCCUAUAAAGUUCGACAAGCUCCUGUACAAUGGGCGGCAGAACUACAACCCCCAGACGGGCAUCUUCACCUGCGAGAUCCCCGGCGUCUACUACUUCGCCUACCACGUCCACUGUAAAGGCGCCAACGUGUGGGUGGCGCUGUACAAGAACAACGAGCCGCUCAUGUACACCUACGACGAGUACAAGAAGGGCUUCCUGGACCAGGCUUCGGGCAGCGCCGUGGUGCAGCUGAUGCACGGAGACAAGGUUUACGUUCAGAUGCCAUCCGAGCAGGCGGCAGGACUCUAUGCCGGGCAGUACGUUCAUUCGUCUUUUUCAGGGUAUUUAUUGUAUCCCAUGUAAAACGAAACAGACACACACACACACACACAGCACACACACACGAAACCAAAACCUUUCUCCGCUGCUUCAAACUUUUAUACCACAAAAGACGCGUUUUAUGACCAUUUUGGACCAUCUUGUACAAAACCAAAAAAAUAAAUACGAAGUCUAACAUUAUGCACAGCUACUUAUAAAAAAAAAAGGUGUGGUGAACAUAUCUAAAGAUGUGUAUCAGGUUCAUAAACAGUUGUUUUGCACCCAAGGGGGACAUAUUAGCUGUACAUUAUAUAUUUCUGCAAUGCCAUGCUUACUUAAUUUCAUUCACAGUAAUUCAGUACUAAAGUUCAAAUCAGUGUAUGUCACUCACUCCUGUUGCAUUGAUCAUAGUUAUGAGAUGAAAAACAGUGACUUAAACCAGAGUAGGUCAGUCUCUAAUUAUAUUAAAAAAUUUGAGUGGCUUAUUUGUCUGGGUAGGAGUUUUCUUGGGUUUUUGACAGGUCUGCCUGACAAGCAAAGGUUCUCUUAGCUGGAGACUUUUAUUUCCCUUCCCUUGUAAUAAAAUAAUCCUGCAGGUGUGGGUUUUUUCCUGAACAAUUUAUUUAUGAUGGAAGAGGAAUCCUGAUGGCAUGAUCAUUCCCCUGAGCCACCUCCAGCAGUCAUUGGAACUAAAAUAUCACCACUGACUCCAGGCAGGCACUGGUUUCACCUCCAAAUGCCACAGCACUUGGAAAGUUUCCAUUCUCUAUUCACACAGCUCAAGUACAUGAGGUAAAUCUUCCCCAUUUACUUGUGCCACGUCAUUGAGACAUUUUGGCCAACAUAUGGCAAUACUUCAGGGUGGCAUAAAUUUACUUGGAUUUCUGUGCUUGUACCGAGAACCCAUUUGGCUUGUCAGACAAGACAUCUAUUCUGCCACUCAGCAAAAGCUGAAUCAGUUUACUCUUCAAUGACUAGGCAAAGCAGAAGUAGCUCUGUUUGCUUAACUGAUUUGUUGCUUGAGAUCAACCAGUUAACUUUACCGGCAACACUGAUCAUGCAAAUUUAUCCAAGAACUUGGUUCUAACUAAAAGCUGAUUUCCAAUCCGUAUUUAUACGUUACCAGUUGUCAAGGAGAACCUGCAGGCCUCAAUUCUUUUCUGUACUUGAGGACAGCGACUUCUGUACACGAAGUCUCUGUCUGCUCAUCAAUGGUGCUAAUCUCACCUCAACAAGUGUUCUGUUUCCCAAGGGCAGUGGACCUUGCUGUGGUUCCCUGUACAGUGCUGCGUAUCACACACUGCUGCACUAGGUCAAAAAGUUAGGUGCUCAUCACUUCUUCCAUGUCUUUAGCUACCGCUACUGCUUUUGAUUCAAAAAUGAACCUAGAUUUUUUUCAUGCAGAACUAAGAUUGGAUUUAACUGGCAUUACCAUUAUUUAAAUGCAGAGUUUAAUGCGGUCUAACAUUGACUAAGGACUCCAGUGAUAUAAUGUGGUGCUUUAUCUCAGAAAUUUUAUGGAACGGUGGCAGGAAUGGACGGACAGUUUACCAGACACUGGUGACUUCAGUAUGUUCCCAGAAUAUAUGAGAUACGUCAAAAGCAAAUAAUUUUGUAUUUAAAAUUU